GCGACCAAUCGCAGCGAGAGGGCAAGAUGCAAGGCAGGUGGCAGGGCGCGAUUGCGGUCGUCGUGCUCGCAUACGUAGCCGCCAUUGCCUAUUUCUACCACAUCGAGACGGCAGUGAACCCGAUGGGCGUGACAAAGGAAAUCAUCAAGGCUGGCCAUGGCCCCACGCCGACGAAGGGCGCGACGGUCACCGUGCAUUGCACCGGCUACGGCAAAGACCGCGACCUGAGCCAGAAGUUCUGGAGCACCAAGGACGCCGGCCAGCAGCCAUUCACGUUUCAGGUCGGCAUGGGCAGCGUCAUCCGUGGCUGGGAUGAAGGUGUCCUCGGUAUGGCCUUGGGCGAGGUCGCGCGCUUGACGUGCUCGCCUGACUACGCUUACGGUGCCCGUGGUUUCCCUGCGUGGGGCAUUCAACCCGACUCGGUGCUCGUCUUCGAAAUCGAGGUGCUCCAGAUUCAGUAAUCUAGUGCUAUAAAUCUUGCGCCUAAAGCAUUCAUUGUGCACAUAGCUGUUUCUUAUUAUCA